AUGAGCCAGUUUCAGGUGCCCCUGGCCGUGCAGCCGGAGCUGCCGGGCCUUUAUGACUUUCCUCAGGGCCAGGUCAUGGUGGGGGGCUUCCAGGGGCCUGGGCUCCCCAUGGCUGGGAGUGAACCUCCGCUCCGAGGAGGGGGCGGGGAUGGGCGAAAGAAGCGGAAACGGUGCGGCACGUGUGAGCCCUGCCGGCGGCCCGCCAACUGCGGGGCGUGCACCAGUUGUACCAACCGCCGCACGCACCAGAUCUGCAAGCUGCGCAAGUGUGAGGUGCUCAAGAAGAAAGUGGCGCUUCUCAAGGAGGUGGAGAUAAAGGCUGGUGAAGGAGCCGGGCCCUGGGGACAAGGGGCCGCUGUCAAGACAGGCUCCGAGCUCAGCCCCGUUGAUGGACCUGCUCCAGGUCCGAUGGACUCAGGGCCAGCGUACCAUGGGGACUCCAGGCAGCUAAGCGCCUCAGGGGCGCCGGUCAAUGGUGCUAGAGAACCCGGCGGACCCAGCCUGCUGGCGGCUGGGGGUGCUUGGCGAGCAGACCAGAAGCCCUCCUGGGGCGCCGCCCCGGGCCCCGCGCACACCGCGCGCCUGGAAGAUGCGCACGACCUGGUGGCCUUCUCGGCGGUGGCCGAAGCCGUGUCCUCCUACGGGGCCCUCAGCACCCGGCUCUAUGAAACCUUCAACCGUGAGAUGAACCGCGAGGCCGGGAACAGCGGCCGGGGACCCCGGGCCGGGCCCGAGAGCGGCCCGGCGGGCAGCGAAGACCUCGACACGCUGCAGACGGCGCUGGCCCUCGCGCGGCACGGCAUGAAGCCGCCCAACUGCAACUGCGACGGCCCCGAGUGCCCCGACUACCUCGAGUGGCUGGAGGGCAAGAUCAAGUCCGUGGUCGUGGAGGGCGGCGGGGAGGACCGGCCCCGGCUCCCGGGGGCGCUGCCCCCUGGCGAGGCCAGCCUCCCGGCCCCCGGCCCCCGGCCCCUCCUCGGUGCUGAGAUCCCCCAGAUGCCUCCCCCCGAGGGCCUGCCUCUGUCCCAGAACGCCCUGAGCAUCGCCAAGGAGAAGAACAUCAGCCUGCAGACGGCCAUCGCCAUCGAGGCCCUCACCCAGCUCUCCUCCGCCCUGCCCCAGCCUUCUCACUCCGCCUCCCAGGCCUCCUGCCCGCUCCCGGAAGCCCUGUCCCCUCCCGCCGCCGCCCCCUUCCGAUCGCCCCCGGCCUACCCCCGGGCCCCCUCCUGGCCCGCGGUCCCCCCGGAAGAGCCCCCGCCCUUCGCUCCCGAGAGCCCCGCCUUCCCCCCAGCAGCUCCCAGGACAGAGUUCCCCGAAGCCUGGGGCACCGACACCCCACCAGCAACCCCCCGGAGCCCCUGGCCCAUGCCGCGCCCGAGCCCCGACCCCAUGGCCGAGCUGGAGCAGCUGCUGGGCAGUGCCAGCGAUUACAUCCAGUCAGUAUUCAAGCGGCCCGAGGCCCUGCCCACCAAGCCCAAAGUCAAGGCGGAGGCUCCCUCCUCCUCCUCCUCCUCCUCCUCCUCCUCCUCCUCCUCCUCCUCCUCCUCCUCGCCGGCCCCGGCCCCCGCCCUCCACAGGGAGGCCCCCGCGCCGCCCGCCGAGCCCAGCGCCCACCAGAAGGCCCAGGCCGCCCUGCAGCAGCACCUGCACCACAAGCGCAGCCUCUUCCUGGACCAGGCGCAGGGCGCCGCCUGCCCCGCCGCCCCGGAGCCCCCCGCCCCCGGCUGGUGGGCGCCGGCCGGCUCGCCCCGCCCCCGGCCUCCGGACAGGCCGCCCAAGGAGAAGAAGAAGAAGCCCCCGGCGCCCGCGGGCGGCCCCCCGGGCACCGAGAAGACCGCCCCGGGGGGCAAGCCCGGCGUCCGGAAGCCUGUUCAGAUCAAGCGGUCCCGGCCCCGGGAGCCGCAGCCGCUCUUCCCGCCCCUGCGGCAAAUCGUCCUGGAGGGGCUGCGGCCCCCGGCGGCCCCCGCCGAGGCCCAGGCACCCCCGCCCGCCCCCGCCCCCCAGGGCUCCGCUGUGCCCCUGCCCCCAGAACCUUCUCUUGCGCUAUUUGCACCUAGUCCCUCCGGGGACAGCCUGCUGCCCCCUACUCAGGAAAUGAGGUCCCCCAGCCCCAUGGCGACCCUGCAGCCAGGCUCUGCCGGCCCCCUGCCCCCCGCCGACGACAAGCUGGAAGAGCUCAUCCGGCAGUUCGAAGCCGAAUUCGGGGAUAGCUUUGGGCUUCCCGGCCCCCCGAGCGUGCCCAUUCAGGACCCCGAGAACCAGCCCGCCUGCCUCCCAGCCCCCGAGAGCCCCCUGGCCACCCGCUCCCCCAAGCAAAUCAAGAUCGAGUCUUCGGGCGCGGUGACCGUGCUGUCCACCACCUGCUUCCACUCGGAGGAGGGCGGCCAGGAAGCCACGCCCACCAAGGCCGAGGACCCGCUCACCCCCACCCUCAGCGGCUUCCUGGAGUCGCCGCUGAAGUACCUGGACACGCCGACCAAGAGCCUGCUGGACACGCCCGCCAAGAGAGCCCAGGCCGAGUUCCCCACCUGCGACUGUGUCGAACAAAUAGUGGAGAAAGAUGAAGGUCCGUAUUACACUCACCUGGGAUCUGGCCCCACGGUGGCCUCUAUCCGGGAGCUCAUGGAGGAGCGGUACGGAGAGAAGGGGAAAGCCAUCCGGAUCGAGAAGGUCAUCUACACAGGGAAGGAGGGCAAGAGCUCCCGCGGCUGCCCCAUCGCCAAGUGGGUGAUCCGCAGGCACACGCUGGAGGAGAAGCUGCUGUGCCUGGUGCGGCACCGGGCGGGCCACCACUGCCAGAACGCCGUGAUCGUCAUCCUCAUCCUGGCCUGGGAGGGCAUCCCCCGCAGCCUGGGCGACACCCUGUACCAGGAGCUCACCGACACCCUCCGGAAGUACGGGAACCCCACCAGCCGGAGAUGCGGCCUCAACGACGACCGGACCUGUGCUUGCCAAGGCAAAGACCCCAACACCUGCGGUGCCUCCUUCUCCUUCGGCUGCUCCUGGAGCAUGUACUUCAACGGCUGCAAAUACGCCCGGAGCAAGACGCCUCGCAAGUUCCGCCUCGCCGGGGACAACCCCAAAGAGGAGGAGGUGCUGCGGAAGAGCUUCCAGGACCUGGCCACCGAAGUCGCCCCCCUGUACAAGCGGCUGGCGCCCCAGGCCUACCAGAACCAGGUGACCAACGAGGAGAUAGCAAUCGACUGCCGCCUGGGUCUGAAGGAAGGGCGGCCCUUCUCGGGGGUCACGGCCUGCAUGGACUUCUGUGCCCACGCCCACAAGGACCAGCAUAACCUGUACAACGGCUGCACCGUGGUCUGCACCCUGACCAAGGAAGACAAUCGCUGCGUGGGCAGGAUCCCCGAGGACGAGCAGCUGCACGUGCUGCCGCUGUACAAGAUGGCCGCCACGGACGAGUUCGGCAGCGAGGAGAACCAGAACGCCAAGGUGGGCAGCGGGGCCAUCCAGGUGCUCACCGCCUUCCCCCGCGAGGUCCGCCGCCUGCCGGAGCCCGCCAAGUCCUGCCGCCAGCGGCAGCUGGAGGCCCGGAAGGCGGCGGCCGAGAAGAAGAAGAUCCAGAAGGAGAAGCUGAGCACCCCGGAGAAGAUCAAGCAGGAGGCCCUGGAGCUGGCCGGCAUCGCCGCGGACCCAGGCCUGUCUCUGAAGGGCGGCUUGUCCCAGCAGAGCCUGAAGCCCUCGCUCAAGGUGGAGCCACAGAACCACUUCAGCUCCUUCAAGUACGGCGGCAACACGGUGGUGGAGAGCUACUCGGUGCUGGGCAACUGCCGGCCGUCCGACCCCUACAGCAUGAGCAGCGUGUACUCCUACCACUCCUACUACGCGCAGCCCGGCCUGGCCCCCGUCAACGGCUUCCACUCCAAGUACGCGCUCCCGUCCUUCGGCUACUACGGCUUCCCGUCCGGCGGCCCCGUCUUCCCCUCCCAGUUCCUGGGCCCCGGCGCCUGGGGCCACGGCGGCGGCGGCGGCGGCGGCGCCGGGGGCGGCAGCUGCAGCUUCGAGAAGAAGCCGGACCUCCACGCGCUGCACAGCAGCCUGAGCCCGGCCUACGGCGGUGCUGAGUUUGCCGAGCUGCCCGGCCAGGCUGUGCCCGCGGACGCCCACCACCCCGCGCCUCACCACCAGCAGCCUGCUUACCCGGGCCCCAAGGAGUACCUGCUGCCCAAGGCCACCCCCCAGCUCCACCCGGCGCCCGGGGACCCCUCCCCCUUUGCACAGAGCGCCACCUGCUACGGCAGGUCCAUCAAGCAAGAGCCGGCCGACACGCUGGCCCCGGCCGAGCCCGUGCCCAGAGACCCCGGCAGGAUGGGCAAGACGCCGGUGCCCGAGGCGGCUCAGAACGGCGGGCCCGGGCACCGGUGGGGACAGUACUCAGGAGGCCCCAGCGAGUCCCCCAAGCGGACGAACAGCGUGGGCAGCAGCUGGGGGGUGUUCGCUCCCGGGGAGAGCCCCACGGCCGCCGUGGUCCCCGAGAAGCUGGGCUCCUUCGGGGCUGGCUGCCUGGCUCCCUCUCCCUUCCCGGAGGGCCAGUGGGGGCUGUUCGCCGGGGAGGGGCAGCCGCUGGCCCCCCAGCCCGGAGGACGGGGGCUGCGAGGCAAACCGUGGAGCCCCUGCAAGUUCGGGAACAGCCCCUCGGCCCUGGCCGGGCCCAGCCUGACGGAGAAGCCAUGGGGCAUCGGGGCCGGGGACUUCAACCCCGCCCUGAAAGGCGGCGGCGGUGGCGGCGGCCCCGGGUUCCAGGACAAGCUGUGGAGCCCCCUGAAAGGGGAGGAGGGCCGGAUGCCCACGCCGGGGGCCGCCGGCCCGCUGGACAAGGCCUGGCCGCCCUUCGGCGUGCCCCUGGGCGCCCCCGGCGAGAAGCUGUUCGGGGCCCUGAAGCCCGAGGAGAAGCUGUGGGACCCCUUCGGCCUGGAGGAGGAGGCCGCCGAGGAGCCGCCCCCCGGCGGCGGCGGCGGCGGCGGCAAGGGGCCGGCGAAGGAGGCGCGGGCCCUGGCGGAGGAGGACGAGGAGGAGCUGUGGUCCGACAGCGAGCACAACUUCCUGGACGAGAACAUCGGCGGCGUGGCCGUGGCGCCCGCCCACGGCUCCAUCCUCAUCGAGUGCGCCCGGCGGGAGCUGCACGCCACCACGCCGCUCAAGAAGCCCAACCGCUGCCACCCCACCCGCAUCUCGCUGGUGUUCUACCAGCACAAGAACCUCAACCAGCCCAACCACGGCCUGGCGCUCUGGGAGGCCAAGAUGAAGCAGCUGGCGGAGCGGGCGCGGGCGCGGCAGGAGGAGGCCGCGCGGCUGGGCCUGGGCCAGCAGGAGGCCAAGCUCUACGGCAAGAAGCGCAAGUGGGGGGGCGCGGUGGUGGCCGAGCCGCCGCCGAAGGAGAAGGGGGCGGUGCCCACCCGGCAGGCGCUGGCCGUGCCCACGGACUCGGCCGUCACCGUGUCCUCCUACGCCUACACCAAGGUCACGGGCCCCUACAGCCGCUGGAUCUAG